CCUGGCAAUGACCUACCUUACCACGUUUGGCUGCGCAUAUUCGAGUAUGUGGCUGCACCUUUGCGGGAUCCGAAUGCAUCGUAUAAGGAAUGCGACGACACCCGGCGCUCCCUCCUUUUAAUGGCCAGAUGUGAUCGAAUCUUUUUCGAGCCUGCCCUAUCAGCACUUUACAAGUGCCCGCUCCUGCUAUAUCCAGAGGACUUUGCCGCUCUUGCGAAGCGGUUGAGUUUGAAACCCCAAGAAGCGUCUUUCAACUACUGGCCCCGGAUCGAGAUUCUUCGUAUUAAUGUGGAUUUGAUUCUGUACCGGAAGCACAACGGUAACUAUUUGGACUUGAAGGACAUCAUAGCACCGCUGCCGAGGCUCGUAGAGCUUGAGCUUUGGCACCCUCUCGAUAUGGCGCCCUAUCGCAGUCUGAGCCAGACCAUCCGUUGGAAAUAUCCAGCAGAUUUGCUGGAAGCGUUUCGAAAGCCGCCAGUUUCCGAGACGGGGUCUCUGUCGAACUCCGACUGGACUCAGUUGCAGGCCUGGACAUGGAAUGCACGCCUUGCGGGGGAGUCUUUCUCGCUCGAGAAACUAGCCGUCAUACAUAAGACUCCGUGCUUCUCGAAGCUGCGAAAGCUGGCUUUCAUCAACUACCAGCUGCCCUCAGCCAUGACUCGAACAUCUCAGUCCAACGAUGCUCUCGAACUGGACCUACAAGCCAUAUCGCAACUUGCCGCCGCCAUUCAGGCUGUUCCCGAUCUCGAACAUCUCAUGAUCGAAUCAUCUACCAUCUUGAGUGGCGUACUGCUCAAUAUGCUGCCCAGGAGCCUCCGGCACCUUGAGCUUGUCAACUGCUUCGAAGUCACCGCAGAUGAUUUUGCCGAGUUCCUCCAGACUCAUGGAAGUAAUUUACAGCGGUUGACUCUCUUUCACUGCCAGUCUCUGAGCCUCGACUUCUUGUCCGUCUUGGCGAAAGCAUGCCCAAGGUUGACUCACUUGCGCGUCAAUCUUCUAUAUUACCAACAUCACGACUCGUACAAAGACUCGGAGCCGGCAUACGAGGCAUUGCUGUCGGAAGGCCACAUCCCGACCUGGCCGGCAACGCUACAAUAUGUUGAUAUUGAUUUCAUGCGUUUCGCCGAAACGGCGUGCGCGAAGGUCUUCUUCCAAAGUCUUACAGACUCCGCUCGAGCUCUGCCUCAUCUCCGCCAACUUAUACUCAAGGCGAAGCUGAAUGUGGGCUGGGCCGAGCGGAACGAGUUUAGACGCACUUGGGAAGAUAGGAUGGUGGAUAUCUUCUUGCGCACAAGUCGGGCACCACAGCGAUAUACCAGCCAACGGCCCAAGAAACCCCCACGUCCUCCACCCAAGCGCCCCGUAAUCGAGCCUCGUCCAGGCUCACGCCGCAGCGCCAGGAUCUCUUUUCCUCAUUCUUCGCCGGAGAGCCCCGAAGCACUGGUCUCACGCAGCGUGAGAGAGUCUGCUAGGGUGGCUGCCGUAACCAGGGAGUUGCAAGGCCUUCUCGCCACACGUACACAAGGUCCAGGACAUGAAGCGGACUACGAAGACAACGCGGAUGAUGAUCACAUACUUGAUGGUCGGACAGGGCUGGCGUCUGAUAUUUUCAAAGCGGGCGCUGAUGACACGGCGCCCCAGUUCGUGCAUGGAAUGUGUGACGUUGUCGAUGUGCAGAUUGAUAAUCAAAAGCCUCGAGAAAGCCAAUUUGGGAUGGAGGACUUUCUUGACUCAUCUGAGCAAUCGGACUCUGAGUGGAACUCGCAUGAUGAGUAG